CUACCAGUUGAGUCCAUAAACUCUAGCACACACAGCAGACGCGCAACGAUGUGCGCCGAGCGGUUGGAGCCAGUCUCCCUGCAUUGCCAAUUUCAUUGAACCGAGGACUGCAUUGUUACCAUUUUUGAAGACCCAAGUUAACCUUUUAUUCACAACAUUUCUUCCUUUUCGUCCUUGUCUUGUCUUUUCAAUAUGUGCUGAUAUUGAAGGGGAGAGGGGAAGGUAGAAUGGGCGAAACCCUCUGGUUCCCUGUGUAACUCUGGAAAUGGAUCCGACGUUCUCGCAGGGAGACAAAGACAAUGAGAUCCGUCUGGAGGGGAUGAGGGAUGGGGCUGGCUUCAUGAGGAUGCCAGAGCACCCCCUGUGGGAGUCCCGUAGCCUAGCCGCCCAGCACCUCUCCUCCUGGAUGACGGAGGGUGAGCCCUUCACCUCUCCUCUCUCCCUGCUGCACUCUGCCGGAGGACAGCGCCUCUCCUCGUCCUCAUCAGUGGCCGCUACUGCCCUUGUCGCCGCCAUGACCCUGGAGCAGAAGACCACCUUCGCCCUGGUCCUCUUCCUCUUCGGUGUCCUCCUCAUCCUAAUCGUGCGGUGCUUUCGCAUCCUGCUGGACCCCUACCGCAGCAUGCCCACCUCCACCUGGGCAGACGGCCUGGACGGGCUGGAGAAGGGCCAAUUCGACUAUACACUGGCAUAGGGGGUUGGGCGUCCAUGUACUGUAUACUGUACACACACACACACACACACACACAUGAAUAUGCAGAAUGGCUGCAUUCACCUUGGCUGACGGUCUGGAUGGGCUAGAGAGAAUGGUCAGUUUGAUCACACGCUGUGGUGUAAGGACACAGACCAACAUGCAUUGUAUGUCAUGAAAUACACACACACAAUACACACACACAUGUGGUUGUAUCCUCCUGGAUUCAGAGUAUGCAUGGGCAAGAGAAGAACCAGGUUUAACCACACACACACACACACACACACACACUGCAGUGUGGUUGCAUCCUUCUGGGUUCACUUUCUCCCACUUGUUUACACCGUAGACAGCUAAUGUCACUCACACACACUGACACAAGAGGCCACCUGGGGCUCCUUCAGUGCCUCACUCCUACAGGGUAGUUCUCAUCCUCCUCCGUGUCCUCCUCACCGUUCAAGUUGACAACAAUGUCAGUGCUAUUUCAACCCUCCUCCUCGUAAUACCUCACCAUCCGAGUCAAGAACUAAACUAUUUCAACCCUCCUCCUCGUAAUACCUCACCAUCCGAGUCAAGAACUAAACUAUUUCAACCCUCCUCCUCGUAAUACCUCACCAUCCGAGUCAAGAACUAAACUAUUUCAACCCUCCUCCUCGUAAUACCUCACCAUCCGAGUCAAGAACUAAACUAUUUCAACCCUCCUCCUCGUAAUACCUCACCAUCCGAGUCAAGAACUAAACUAUUUCACCCCUCCUUCUCAUAAUACCGCACCAUCCGAGUCAAGAACUAUGCCAACGCUAUGUCAACCUGUGCUGUCGUAGGCUGCUAAGUUAUUCAACCUUGUACUAAAGGAACAUUUGAAAUCUUCUACUGUCCUGGAGGAGUGUUGUUGUUGAUAUAUGUAUGUCCCAGAAAUGUGUGUUCAGAAUGUUAAAUGCUGAAUGCUGACCUAACAUAUUAUUAUGGUGAUCGUUUUGUCAUUUUAUAGUCAUUGCUCAUAAUUGACUUAUGUUAAUCUAUUAUAGAAGGACGUAUUUACACAAUCAGGGAAUUCGAUUUAGGAUGAGAUUAUUUUCAAUGGCCAAAAACAAGCAUUCCUCAUCUUGUUUUUAUAGCUCAAUAAUUUGAUAUUGUUGGUAUAGAUUGAGAUAAUAGCUGAUAUCAUUUGACCCAGUCUGCAGAUGGCUAGAAGGGAGACAUAAAUGUACAUAUUAUAUCUAUCUAUCUAUCUAUCUAUCUAUCUAUCUAAGCACUUCAAGUCAACGCAACAAUAUAUUAAAACUAUCAGAUGUGGUUUUUCCUAUGGGAAACCUGGGUUCAGAUCUUACCUGUGACACAAGUUUGUUCCUAUCAAUCAGAUACCUGUUCCUAAAGAUUACCUGCUGUCCCCACUGCAGAUCCCCACUGCAGAUCCCCACUGCAGAUCCCCACUGCAGAUCCCCACUGCAGAUCCCCACUGCAGAUCCCCGUACGCUCCUCUUCUUUGUUUUCAGACCUCAGAAGUAGUCUAAUAUCAAGAUGUGUGCAUGUGUUGGGUAAAUUGGUUUUUCUUCAAAUAUCUGACUAACUUAGAUUUUUGAGUGGACUAACACUUUGACACUAUAUAAAAUGUGGAGAUUUAUGUGUAAAAUGUAAUGAAAUACUGUAGGUGGCAACAACAGUGUGUUUGGAUAGGGCUCUACAGUUGAAGCUGUCACUUUCAUUUAUAAUCAACUGCAUGCAACUUAGUUGCUGAAAGUAUUUUUAGUAAAUGUGGUUGUUGGAUCUUGCAUGGGAUUCAGAGCAGUUGACACUUGAUAAAUCAAAAUGAUUAGAUUGCUUAGAGUUUGAACAUAGGGGACUAUCCAAAUAAAGUGUCACCAAGUAAUUAAAUCCUGGCCCGGUAAUCCACAAACCCAAGAAUACGUUGUACAACAGAUAUUUGCUCUCUUGUGACAUACAGAGUGUACUUGCUUCGAUUCAAAUGAACGUGUUGUUGGUAAAAAAUCACUUCUGUUACAGAAGGCAGGCUAUGUCCACUAACUGUGUCUCACCUGAGUGUGUUGCAGUGACCAGGGUACUGUUCAAAUAACACUCACUCCUUUUUCAAUACUGACAUUGGAAGGAAUGGCCUUUUCAAGCUGUGAAGUACAACUCAUAACUCAGUCACUGGAUCAGCUCAUGUAAAGUCUAUGUAAAUAUGCAGGGUUAUAGUGAUGAUUUUGUGGCAAUUGCAUGUAGUGGUCAGUCAGAAUCUUGUGGAGCAACAGAACCUUUAAAAUGUAAAAACAACCCCUUCCUUCAAUGUGAUAGAAUGACGAUGAAUAAAGUGUUUCC